CAACAAGCGGGCUGCCACCUGUCGGGUUUGUUCUGCUGGCUUUGCAUCAGUUUUACAUGAUAUACUUGCCACGAGCAGCACGACCAUCAUCUCAUAAUCUCUUCCCACCUUCCUCGCUCCAUAUCCCUUCCCUCCUCAUUAUUUGCACAUGGGAUUCAAGUUCCUGCGAAGAGCCCGUGCCGCUAUCAAGAAGAAGAUUCCUUUUGUUAAGAUGAUAGUCAUGCCGCAUCCUGACCUUCCGCGUAGUUGGUAUGAGCAACAACGAGAAUCGUGCUGCUCAUCGCGGCACUGCACGCCCGCGAAUACCCAAGGAUGGUGGAACGAGAAUCACGGCCCCACGUAUCAUUAUCCACGAACGGAUUCCUUCAUCCGCCAAGGAACGUCAUGGAGACACGAUAGUGAACCUGACCACGAACAUGACAGGGAGGCCGCAAAUUGGAUUAUCGAACGAUGCGUCGAGGAAGCAUGUCAUUUUCGGACAGAACCUGAUUCAGUGGCUCCCAUAGCACGCCUGAGGAGCCCACGACUGCCAGUCGAACUGCAUGACUGGAAAUACAAGUAUGCUCCGAAUCUGCUUGACAAAUCGACUGGGCUUGAAGACGCCCAGCAACCGCCCUGCUCAUGUGCGAGUUGCCAAGCGAACACAGAGGAUUACACACACGAUUCCCACUCAGACGCCGAAGACUCCGAUUUAUCACAAGAGCAGCCAUUAGGGAGCCACCUUGACCACUCGGAGUGUGACACAUUCGUCGAUGAGGAUUUGGAGCAGUUACCGACCGCAGUAGAAGCCUCCUCCGAUAUGCAGCGCACGAACCGCAGUGAAGCGAAAGCGAGGAAAUCAGAAGGGAGGCAUCGUAGCCAAUCGUUCUCUAAGCAACGGAGGCAUACACCAUAUCGUGUGUCUUCAGGAUAUCGUCGAACAUUCCGUAGCCGCGGAGGACGAGGCGCAGAGUCUUUCUUCCGCGUGCCAGCAAGUGCGAUGAGCCAUAGCACACGUACUGACAAGAAGCUGGACUCCGACAGGUCAAGAGGAUGGUAGGCGACCAUUCGAGCCGUGGCCUCAUGUUCACACGUAUGACUUCCUUUCACCAUCAUGAACACCGCAAGAAAAAAGACUAGCCACCUCCUUCUUCACCACCAAAAACACGACAAAAAGAGAGUAAUUUUUAGCUAUGCUUUCUAUCUCCAAGUUGAACGAGAGGACUUACGCACUAUGCCAUAUCGAUAUGCUCUCUUCCUUUUCUUAUGCAGUUUGGAACGCGUUGCUGUAUUUUGUGCGGAUAUAUGCCACGACACUCACGGUAGCCCAGCGUUAUGAUGAACGAUUUCUACGAAGAAACGAAGAGAAAUUGCAUUCCGGACCAUCCACCAGAGGCAUCGAGGGUAGUUAGAAACCGAAGUGGUAUCCAGAUUAGAUCAAGUAUGAUUCUGCAUGGUAAAUGGUUGUUUCGCUAGAUGUGUUCAUUAGCGAUGACAAUGCGGUGGGUUCGAGCUAGGGGAUCAGCCCAUCAUUUUCGAGGCGAUGGAAUGCGAAG